AAUUGCAGACCAAUUCGCUCAUUCCGGCCUUGCGCUGAUACAUAGGCCUCCAGAGACUCGUCAUCCCCGGCGUCGGUCAUUUUGGCCAUUGCAUGACGCAGCUCGCAAGCGCUGGCUAUGUCGAACCGAUACAAAAGUACAUCAAGGCGGGGAAGCCGUUCAUGGGCAUCUGUGUAGGGCUGCAGGCAUUGUUUGAGGGCUCAGAGGAGGACCCAAGGGUGCCGGGGCUAGGACUGAUACCGGAGCAGUUGAAGAAGUUUCAGGAUGGGGAUAAGAGCGUGCCGCAGAUUGGGUGGAAUUCAGCGAAUACGUCGGGGAAGGGAAAGGUGGCGGAGGAGAGCCUGUAUGGGCUGAGGCCGAGCAGCAAGUACUAUUACGUCCAUUCGUAUGCUGCGCCAUACCGGGAAGGGGAGCUUGAGAAGGCGGGUUGGUCGGUUGCGACGGCACGGUAUGGAGAGGAAGAGUUUGUUGGUGCGGUUGCGAGGGACAAUGUGUUCGCGACACAGUUCCAUCCUGAAAAGAGUGGUGCGGCUGGAUUGAGGGUGAUAAAGGCGUUCUUGGAUGGGAAGAAGUGGGAAAAACUGCCAGAAGUCCCUUCGGCGGCGUCGACGAAGGAGGGUCUGACACGAAGAGUUAUCGCAUGCCUCGACGUCCGGACGAAUGACCAGGGCGACCUGGUUGUCACAAAGGGCGACCAAUAUGACGUGCGAGAGAAGGAUGGCAUCUCUUCCGGUGGCGCGGUGCGAAAUCUAGGCAAACCGGUCGACAUGGCACGGAAAUACUACGAGCAGGGAGCAGAUGAAGUCACUUUCCUCAACAUAACGUCCUUCAGGAAUUGCCCCGUUGCAGAUACCCCAAUGCUGGAGAUCUUGAGGAGAACUUCGGAGACCGUCUUUGUGCCCCUGACGAUUGGUGGUGGUAUUCGGGAUACUGUAGACACGGAUGGCACUGCUAUAUCGGCCCUCGAUAUCGCGACCAUGUACUUCAAGUCGGGUGCGGACAAAGUGAGUAUUGGAUCUGAUGCUGUGACUGCAGCGGAAGCCUACUACGCGGCAGGCAAGAAACUGACGGGUAAAACCGCCAUCGAAAGCAUCUCUUCCGCGUACGGGAACCAGGCCGUCGUCAUCAGCGUUGACCCAAGACGAGUAUACGUCUCCUCACCGUCGGUGACACCUCAUCACACCAUCAAGACUUCUACACCAGGUCCCAACGGUGAGGAGUACUGCUGGUAUCAGUGCACCAUCAAAGGGGGAAGAGAAGGGCGCGAUUUCGACGUGCGGCAGCUCGUCACUGCGGUUGAAGCCAUGGGCGCAGGAGAAAUCCUUCUUAACUGCAUUGAUAAAGACGGCACAAAUAGCGGGUUUGAUUUGGAGCUCAUUAACGACGUUAAGGAGGCCAUUAGCAUCCCGGUGAUUGCGAGUAGUGGAGCCGGCAAUCCGGGACAUUUUGAGGAGGUCUUUGAGAAAACGUCGACGGAUGCAGCUCUAGGUGCUGGCAUGUUUCACCGUCAAGAAUACACCGUCAAGCAGGUGAAAGACUUCCUGCAAAACAAGGGCCUCUUGGUACGGCAAUUCGAGGAGGCUAUAUGAGCUUCAAUCAAUCAAUCCUAGUCAUACUUCGAAAUAGUCUGGACCUAAGCGAUGCACUCUCUAACAGUAUUUUCAAUACGUUUAGUU